CCGCUGGGACAGCCAGGAGCGGCAUCGGCGCUGAGCCCGCGCCGCGCGGCCGCGAGGGGAAGGACAGCCCGGAGCCGGGGCCGGGCCGGAGAGCCGCGAGCCCAGAGCCGGAGCCCGAGCGGGAGCCGGGAGCGAGAGCUAUGAUGUCGACCUACAAGCGGGCCACGCUGGACGAAGAGGACCUGGUGGACUCACUGUCCGAGGGCGACGUGUACCCCAACGGCCUGCAGGUGAACUUCCGCAGCCCUCGGAGCGGCCAGAGGUGCUGGGCAGCACGGACCCCGGUGGAGAGGCGGCUGGUGGUGUUGGUGGCACUUUUGGCAGCAGGAUUGGUGGCCUGCCUGGCAGCACUGGGCAUCCAGUACCGGACAAGAACACCCCCAGUAUGUCUGAGCGAGGCCUGUGUCUCAGUGACCAGCUCCAUCUUGAGCUCCAUGGACCCCUCGGUGGACCCCUGCCAGGACUUCUUCAGCUAUGCCUGCGGGGGCUGGAUCAAGGCCAACCCUGUGCCUGAUGGCCACUCCCGCUGGGGGACCUUCAGCAACCUUUGGGAACACAAUCAAGCCAUCAUCAAACACCUGCUGGAAAACUCCACAGCCAGCGUGAGCGAGGCAGAGAGGAAGGCCCAAGUAUACUACCAUGCGUGUAUGAAUGAGACCAGGAUAGAGGAGCUGAGGGCCAAGCCCCUGAUGGAGCUGAUCGAGAAGCUGGGAGGCUGGAACAUCACAGGCCCCUGGGCCAAGGACAACUUCCAGGACACCCUGCAGGUGGUCACGGCCCACUACCGCACCUCACCCUUCUUCUCUGUCUAUGUCAGUGCCGACUCCAAGAACUCCAACAGCAAUGUGAUCCAGGUGGACCAGUCUGGCCUGGGCUUACCCUCCAGAGACUAUUACCUGAACAAAACCGAAAAUGAAAAGGUGCUGACUGGUUACCUGAACUACAUGGUCCAGCUAGGGAAGCUGCUGGGCGGGGGCGACGAGGAUGCCAUCCGGCCCCAGAUGCAGCAGAUCCUGGACUUUGAGACGGCACUGGCCAACAUCACCAUCCCCCAGGAGAAGCGCCGGGAUGAGGAGCUCAUCUACCACAAAGUCACAGCGGCCCAGCUGCAGUCCCUGGCGCCCGCCAUCAACUGGUUGCCCUUCCUCAAUGCCAUCUUCUACCCCGUGGAGAUCAAUGAAUCGGAGCCCAUUGUGGUCUACGACAAAGAAUAUCUCGAGCAGGUGUCCACCCUCAUCAACAACACUGACAAAUGCCUGCUCAACAACUAUAUGAUCUGGAACCUGGUUCGUAAAACAAGUUCCUUCCUCGAUCAGCGCUUCCAGGAUGCCGAUGAAAAGUUCAUGGAAGUCAUGUACGGGACCAAGAAGACAUGCCUUCCUCGCUGGAAGUUCUGUGUGAGUGACACAGAGAACAACCUGGGCUUUGCCCUCGGCCCCAUGUUUGUCAAAGCCACCUUUGCGGAGGACAGCAAGAACGUGGCCAGUGAGAUAAUCCUGGAGAUCAAGAAGGCGUUUGAAGAGAGCCUGAGUACCCUCAAGUGGAUGGACGAAGAGACCCGGAAAUCAGCCAAGGAGAAGGCGGACGCCAUCUACAACAUGAUAGGCUACCCCAACUUCAUCAUGGACCCCAAGGAGCUGGACAAAGUGUUCAAUGACUACACUGCCAUUCCAGACCUCUACUUUGAGAACGCCAUGCGCUUUUUCAACUUCUCCUGGAGGGUGACUGCUGACCAGCUGAGGAAAGCGCCCAACAGAGACCAGUGGAGCAUGACCCCGCCCAUGGUGAAUGCCUACUAUUCACCCACCAAGAACGAGAUUGUGUUUCCAGCUGGGAUCCUGCAGGCGCCCUUCUACACCCGCUCCUCACCCAAGGCCUUAAACUUCGGUGGCAUCGGUGUCGUCGUGGGCCAUGAACUGACUCAUGCGUUCGAUGAUCAAGGCCGGGAGUAUGACAAGGAUGGGAACCUCCGGCCCUGGUGGAAGAACUCCUCGGUGGAGGCCUUCAAGCGGCAGACAGAGUGCAUGGUAGGCCAGUACAGCAACUACAGCGUGAAUGGGGAGCCUGUGAACGGCCGCCACACCCUCGGGGAGAACAUCGCCGACAACGGGGGCCUCAAGGCCGCCUACCGGGCCUACCAGAACUGGGUGAAGAAGAAUGGGGCUGAGCAGACGUUACCCACCCUGGGGCUCACCAACAACCAGCUCUUCUUUCUGGGGUUUGCACAGGUCUGGUGCUCUGUCCGAACGCCCGAAAGCUCCCACGAAGGCCUCAUCACCGACCCCCACAGCCCCUCCCGCUUCAGGGUCAUCGGCUCCCUCUCCAACUCCAAGGAGUUCUCUGAACACUUCCGCUGCCCACCCGGCUCUCCCAUGAACCCUCAUCACAAAUGUGAAGUCUGGUAAGGGACGAAGCUUUGAGAGCCAUGAUGGAGGAGAAGGAGGAACUGAGGACCCCUGGGCAGGGCUGUUGAGUUCAGCUCCCCUUCUAGUCCCAGGGCAUCGUCCACCCCUUGGCCACCAGAGCCCUCUUCCCUGCACUGGAGGGUUUACAGCCGGCACCUAGCUUGUGAUGGAGGUUCUUAACCCAAGAUUUGGCCCCCUGAGAACACCAUGGUCCCCAGUGGGCUGGUACCAACUCUGGCCAGCAUUCGGGUGUCAGGCUCACCAGGCCUGAGCUUCGCACCAACAAGGGUAAUGGGACAUAGCCCCCUGCCUACAUUCAAUGCCACAUAUACCAGAAUGCCACUGUGUCAAAUGCUUUAAAGAUAUAUUUUUGGGGAAACUAUUUUUUAAACAUUGUGGAAUACACUGGAAAUCUUCAGGGAAAAAAAUGCAUUUAAAACACUUUUUUUUU